CGGGUGAGGAAGGGCGGCCGAGGGGGUCUGGAGGUGCCUGGGAGGGUCUGACUCCGAGUGACCCUGGCAGCCCAUGGCCCACAGCGCGAAGCAGCAGCCUGCAGUGAUGCUGCACGCAACAGGCAAGGCUCAGCAUGGCAACUUCCUGGUGGCCAUCAAACAGGAGAAGGGAGAGGUGGCUCGUGCCAGCAGCGAGAAGCCGCACGGCGAGGAGGAGCCAGUGAAGAAGAGGGGUUGGCCUAAGGGCAAGAAGAGGAAGAAGAUCCUUCCCAACGGCCCCAAGGCCCCGGUGACAGGCUAUGUGAGAUUCCUGAACGAGCGGCGCGAGCAGAUCCGCACACAGCACCCCGACCUGCCCUUCCCAGAGAUCACCAAGAUGCUGGGGGCUGAGUGGAGCAAGCUGCAGCUCUCAGAGAAGCAGCGCUACCUGGACGAAGCAGAGCGGGAGAAGCAGCAGUACAUGAAGGAGCUGCGGGAAUACCAGCAGUCGGAAGCCUACAAGAUGUGCACGGAGAAAAUCCAGGAGAAGAAGAUCAAAAAAGAGGACGCCAGCUCUGCGGCAGCAAACACCCUGCUGAACGGGCACCCACAGAAGGCUGGCGAGUGCAGCGAUGCCUUCUCCACCUUUGACGUUCCCAUCUUCACAGAGGAGUUCUUGGACCAAAACAAAGCCCGGGAGGCCGAGCUGCGGCGCCUGCGGAAGAUGAACACGGAGUUUGAGGAGCAGAACGCCAUCCUGCAGAAGCACACGGAGAGCAUGAACUGUGCCAAGGAGAAGCUGGAGCAGGAGCUGGCGCAGGAGGAGAGGCAGACGCUGGCCCUGCAGCAGCAGCUGCAGUCGGUACGGCAGGCGCUCACCACCAGCUUUGCCUCCCUCCCCAUCCCUGGCACUGGGGAAACCCCAACGCUGAGCACCCUGGAUUUCUACAUGGCCAAGCUGCACAGCGCCAUCGAGAGCAACCCGCUGCAGCACGAGAAGCUGGUGGUCCGCAUCAAGGAGAUCCUGUCCCGCAUAGCCAGUGAACAUUUGUGAAUGAGGACCAGUCCCUGCAGAGCUCGGGGCCGGCUGGACCGCAGCGCUGUCCCUUGGAGCUCCUGCAAAGGACAGUCCCUGCUGGGGGUCUGGCCGCAUCCCCUGCACCCCGGGGUGGCCCCAGCCCUGCAGUGGUGACACCUGAGGACCUCGAGCUUCUGGGGACCAACACACGAGCAUCCCCCCGCCCUCCUGUGAGCAGCACAGCAGCCUCACCCAGGGUGUCUCCAGGCUGUGGCUGCUUUAUUUAAUCUUCCCCCUUCCCCUCGCUGCUGCCUGUGGGUGCCUUCAGCUCUGUGCUCCCUGCCUGCCCUCCUUCUUCUCUGUGCUAUGGGACCAGGGGGGGCAGCUCCUUCCCCUUCAUGCUGGGGGGUUGUGGGCCUUGAGCCCUUCCUCCUUGGCCUCGUGGGACCACCGUGACGGCGGCCGCGUCCUCCCCCCGCCGUGCCAGCCCUGCUGCUGCCUGUCACUAAUCUCAGAUCGUGUAAUUAGAGAGUGUCUUAUUUUCUUACUAGCACUACGUGGCUCCUUCCCUGGGUUCAACCCAGGCGGGGCUCUGACCCUUUUCUCUCGCCUGCAAGGUCGGUGCUCUUUCUGUAGAGAAUCUCCUGGUUGCC